GGUUUGAGGCCGAGUGGAUGGACUCCGUAGGGAUCCACGGCCACUCUUUUGAGAGUGCAGUUGCGCGGCCGGGGGAGGCUUCGCGUGCCCAACGAGAGAUUCAAGGCUUUCUCGGGCAACGGCCGCGGCGAGGCCCACUGGCACAGCGAAUCUCGGACCACGUUGGACAAAUCACGGUGAAUUUGUGGACGGCGACUCUUGACUUUACUAUGGGUGGAAAUCUGACAUGUCGUAGUUUGUAUAGUGUUCGAUACAAAUGUAUCGUCACGCGCGCGCAUUUGGACAUUUUCAGAUUCAUUGACACACACGACCAUGAUCUCGAUCAUUGUGGCGGGCAAAGCCAUUCGCGACGAGAAUCGCCAAAUGGACCUCGUCCUCAACAGUCCCAAGAAGACGACGUGCCUGCGGUGCAGUAAACACUUCUCCCUCCUACGUCGCAAGGCAAUAUGCACUGCGUGCCACGAGGCGUUCUGCAAAGAUUGCACAGUCAUGCUCACCUUCGACAAACUUGAAGGCGCACAUCGCCUGUGCGACUUUUGCUCGAACGCGGGACACUGCUUGAGCAUAGGUGCAACUCGUGGAUCGACUGCGGGCAGCAUCCAUCCCUUACAAAGUUCUUGCCUUGUAGGUGGAGUCGACGCCCUCCCCACUCGCUUCUCGGAAGAUGACUUGAUUGUCCCCGUCCUGGAAGACAAUAAUUUGGGGACACCGGACUUUCCAAUUGCACAAUCUGGUCCUGCUGCUCACUUCUAUCGCACGUACUACCAAGCUGGUGGCAACUCCCCUGCACCAUCUACCACACCUUGAGCAAUUUGGCGCUCGAGACGUUGCUUGGCCCAUGCUGCGAAUGGCCUCCCCGGGGGUUUGGAAUGCACAAGCCACCAUCCUACGCUGCAGACUCCAAGCCCGAACUGUGGACCUUGGCGCCCAACGUUGCCACGAGCCGCCGUGGUUGGAGCUGAGACUGGCGCAGCAAGGCUCGUAAGUUCUAGUCGAAGGAACUUGACGAGUACGUGGGGUGCUGCCAUUCGAAACUAACGUCACGGGCCAGCGCCUGGUGAAAUCAGCACAGAGCAAGUCGAAAACGAAUUAUUUUACGAUCUAUUUA